UGAUUUGUCGGAAACCAGCGCCAAGUUUAUUUGGACAUAAACAACAACGUGUGUAGGUUGUGGAUUUAGGUGUCGAUCUCCCCUCUAGAUCUGUUCACUUAAAACAUGAAACCCAAAGGGAUAGGGAAAAGUCCAAAGAAAUGGGGAAAACAAAAGCAGAAGAAAUCUCCUGUGAAAGGUGUUCAAACUAUAACAGCCAUGUUCAAACAGCAGACUGCUGGUAUGUCGAAAGGUUCUCCAAACAUUCCGUCCACUAUUGAACAGGAUAAUUCCAGUACCAGGCCAAGUGAUGACAAAGAUUCUGAUGAUGUCACCAUAGUUGAAGUGGAAUGUAAAUAUUUUCAAAAGACCCGAAAUAAAGAUGAUUCUAAAGUGACGAUUCCAGAACCCACAUCUCCAUACUUUAAAAAACACAGAAAUUCUUCAAGAUUACGUCUUAAGAAAUCUAUGUCAAAGGAAAGUUCUGAAGGUGUUAUUGUGGAAGGUAGAUCAAAUAAUGAAAUAAAAAUUGAAACGAGUGACAAUGAAAUGAAAAUUGACAGUGAAGAAGAAUCUCCGUCGCAAAAAGAGAAUAAGUUGAAAGUCAACAGUGACAAAGAUAAAGUGUCACAGAAUGCAAAAAGGUUGCUUGGGAAAAGAAAGUUAUGGCAGGAUGAUGAUGAUUUCAUGACGGAAGACAAGAAAAGAAAAAAUUCUAAAUCAUUGAAAAAACAAAUGAAGGAAGAAAGUAGAGAAAAGAACAGUUCAGAUUUAGAUCGUCUUGAAAGUAAAUCGUCGAUUAAAAAAAAUAGGACAAAGGAUUCGUCAAAGAGUGUGAAAUAUUCCAGAACAGUCGGAACAAAACAUUGUACAGAUGCUAAGACUGACUACGCAGGAAAGGACGCAUCGAAACGUGUAUGUGAAAAUAAAACUUCAUCAGAAUUAUUGACAUUGAAGGACAGUACUCCAUCUACAUCAUCUCAAUCUGAUUGCCAAACCAAACAGCACAUUUCUGAAAAACAGAGUCUGAGUAAAAAAUCUAAAAAAAAUUCCCCAAGUAAAAGAGAAGCUAAGUUGGAUAGUAGGAGCCAAACAGAGGAAUCUCAGACAGUGUGUGUGGACAUUCACAGUGAUAGCAGGACAGAAAUUAGUCAGACAGAUAGUCAGACAGACAGUGUAAUGAUCAUGAAGGACAGUCAGACGGACAGUCAGACAGACGGUGUAAUGAAGGAGAGUCAGACAGACAGUGUAAUGACGGACAGUCAGACGGACAGUGUAGGAGAAGAUUUGAAGGAGAAGUACAAAACGCCAUACUACCAUGAAAACUUCAAAGUGAUCAUGACAACUGUAUUAGGGGAGUCCGACUAUGUCAGACUCUUCAGUGAAGACGAUAUGAAACUUAUUGGAGAAUUUCAAACAUGCUCAGAAUCAGCCCAGAAGUUGUAUAUUCGUCUGUUCUCCAGGAAGUUGGCUUGGUUACCAGCAUCGAGAAUAAAAUAUCCGGAAAUAGAGGAUGAUCUGAUUCCAGUUUUGGAAGAAUUGGCCCAGCAUCACCUUGUUAAGACGGCUGAAGGUUUGACUGACCUUCAGGUGACAUUGAACAUCCUGUCUGCUGGAGAUUUGAAGACUUUGGCUAAAACCUAUCACAUCAAUGUGACGAAUCAGAACAAGCCCGAUAUUAUACAGACGUUGAUGAAGAAAAGUAAACAGAACACGAUCGGCUCCAUGUUCAAGGUCGCUGGCUUUGGGGGUUCGAGUACCAUGAUUAACAGAGCCAAGAAAUUACUGGGGGGCUGUGUACACCUGAUGGAAGAGCCAAGAACCGUGUUCCUGAGGCUGUUGAUGCUGUUCUCUUUAAAUGACACAAUUUUGGAUGAAGACAAUGGCACUGGUAGUCAGGGUCAACAGCUGUUCCAAAUGCUACAAGUAAACAUAGGAAAAUUGGUGUAUCCAGCCUACACGGUAAACAAGAACAGUGCUAUAUUUGGGGACAGGGACACUUUCCUCAGGUUCGCCAAUGCGGUGACAAUGGAAAGUGAUAUACUAACAAGGAUAGAGAAAAAAGACUUUGAUCGGGCGUUUGAUAUCUACCAAUCGGCACACACAGAGUAUGACAGACUAUUACAGGAUUCCGCUGUACUGAGACAUGACAAAAAUCUGCCAGAUUUCCUCCGGUCCUACACAGCGUGUGGUGUGUGUGUCCGGGUGAUGAACCAGGGGGUGGAGAUACUUCAGCGCAGGAAGAACUAUACACAGGCAGUCCAACUUCUGGAGAAGUUACUGAGCCAGCAAACCUACUGUGUAACUUACCGCGGCCACUGGUGGGAACGUCUCGCUCUCAACUAUGAUGCUCACCUUAAACAGCAAGCUAAGACGCUGAAGUGUAUUGGUGAAGCCCUGGAGGACAAGUAUGUCCGAACAGGACACAGACUAGCUCUGUUUCAAAGGGCAGAGAAAAUCUGUACAGCUCCCAAGUCAAAGUUCAGAGAACAACUGCUCACCUUUCACCAUGAACCGGUCGUAGACUACCCUGAGGUGUUUCUGGAUGGUAAAGUGCUACCAGACAAUGUACCUGGGGCGAAAUUUCGUUUCCUGAUAUCGACACCAGGGUCGGAGGAUGAUCCAGACAACCUGACAUUUUGUGGAGUGGAACAACUUGUGAUGGAACACUACCGUCAGAACGGAUAUACAGAUGGUUUGCAUGCUGAAGGAUCCACAGUUACGAGUCUGUUCGUACUGUUUUUCUGGGAUGUGAUUUACUGCGACAUUCCGGACGCCUUCCAUUCUCUCUACCAAGUGAUGCCCCUGGACUUCCACAGUGACCACUUUUAUGCUAGUCGUAAGGACAAGAUUGACCGCCGGUUAGAUAUUCUGAGAAACAGUUCUAUAGAGGAACUACACCAGAUGGUGUCAGAUGUCUGGGAUCAACACGAGGGGGAGGCAUGUGGUAUGAGCUGGGACCGUUUCACUAGCGUCGACCAUGUAAAGGGCCUAGUAACCUGUUUUGGUGGGAAGGUGAUAGCUGGUAUACUGGAGAGGUAUGCUCGUAACCCUCGUCAGACUAGAGGUGGAUUCCCGGACCUGACGAUGUGGAAUACAAACAAUAAAACAGUCAAGAUAUGUGAAGUGAAGGGUCCAGGAGAUCGUCUUUCUCAAAAACAGAUUCUGUGGCUGAGUUCCCUGAUCAACCUAGGAGUAGAUGCAGAGGUGUGCUAUGUCAAAGCUGUGAGUACCAAGAUGCUGAAACAUUCCUCGCUGACAAAAGGAUCUGUGUGACGGUUAAUGAAGUAACUGAUGGAUAUUCUCCUGUGGUCCUGUUGUUGUGCAGUGCAUGGCAACAUCAAAGCAGUGAAGUGCUAAAUUUCCAAUUAUUUCCAGUCUGAUGAAUCUCAACGUCAGUAAUACACAGUAAUAUUGAUAAUUGUUUAUCAAUGUUGUAUUGCAACACGAACCAAGUUCUCUUUAUAGAAAUUUUAUUAUAAAAUUUUGACAAUAUUGUAAAUAUUGAGCAUCAAAACAAUGAUGUAUGAAGAAUAAAAAUGACAAUGAAGAGAUGACAAAUUAUUUAUAAAAUCUAAUAUGUAGAGACAAUAUCUUCGUAUAUGUAUAAUAUGGUGUUCCUCCUGGACAAAGGAAGGACAAAUAUUAAAUACUUACAACAUAAGAUAAUAAUGUUUUUUAUUUUCUAAAUUAAUAUAUUGCACAGUG